AUGAAAUGUGAGGAACAAAGCUUCAAGGUCGAGUUCCACAGUUUUUCGACCAACAUUGUCUGCAGUGGUGAAGAACCCAACGAAACCGUGGAUUACGAGAUUCGAGCUACUGGUUACAGCAACAAGGACUUUAUGCUGCAUCCUGGGAACCUGUACUUCUUGCAGGGCACCUUUUUCCCUACCAAUACUCAAGAAACGUACAACAAAGAGUUGUUCUUCGAAGGCUUUGACAGAGCAUUGCUUGGUACUGCAGAGUCUUUCUGUGAUAGUUUAGCUAACAAAGUAGGCGUAACUGGGAUUGGUCGUGUCCUUGACGUUGACUUCUACGUUGAGGAACAAAUGCAAUACCUGAAGUGCAACGCUAGCGAGCCCGACAAAGUCACUUUGUAUGCGAUUGUUCAGCACUGCAAUUUUCACCCGGAGACGAAAGAAGCGACAUCUAUGACAGUUGAGUAUUGUGUUCCUCCUCUCAAGCACCUUGCGGGAUCCCCCCAGGUCGUCAAAAAGGGCCGUGAGUGUCAAUUCCAUGGCUAUGUCAAAGAUUUCAACGAAGAAACAAACCGUUACAUUGUAAUCGUGAACAAAGUGUCGCCUACCUCUGGCCACCUUGAAUCAGCGGGUUGCAAGAAAGCAGUGAGGGUUGGGAGUCAAGUUCCUAAUGAUCGUCCAAAGUCCACUAAGUAG